AGUCGUCAGAAUUGCUGCUUUAAGCCUCGAAGUCCCAGCGCGAGCGCAGUAACGGUCUGUGAUUCCCUCGAUGAACUGAUUGUAAGUUCGCCGACUUCUACUCUAGAUUCUAGUUGUUUAGGACAUAUUAUGAGUGCGAGUGCCUCAACAGAUUUCCAGUCGAAUGUUCGGGCGACUAACGAACUUUGUUUACAUUUGUGUGAGACUUUUUACGCAAUUGCCACGAAAAUGACUGUUCGCACUAGUCUACGUACAGACGUGGAGACACUAGGGCUACGUUUGAAUGUUUGCAGAGACCCUGAAGUGAAGCGGAUUUGGGACUCGCUCUGUGAAAUGACUUGCUCUUGGCAGACGAUUCCCUUGUCGGCAUCAGAAAUGUGUGUCGCACUGAAGCAGUUGUUUGAGGCUUUGGAGAAGGAAAUUGGUGUUGUUAUUGGAGCGGAUUGUGCUGCCAUAUGGCGGUAUCAGUUCAAAAUGUGGGUUUCAAAGUCUGUCUUUCGCACUUCCUGUUUUUACGGGGACUUUGCAGCUAUUAGUGAAUUUGGUGUGUGCCCUGCGGACAUUUCUUUAGAUGUAUUGCCAAGACAUUUGCUUAGUGACACUUUGACUAAGAAUGUGCAGAUGGCAUUUCGACUGUCUACUGGUUUGGAUGAUCCUGCUGCAAUGAAGGAGUUUGAGGAGACCAUCAGUUGGAUCUGUAACAAUUUUGGAUCACAUCUUAAUUUUUCUGAAGAUUUAGGUGACAUCACUGUAAGCAAACCAGAUGGUAUGACAUCUAUGGCUGAAGGUGGUUCCUUGCCACUGUGUUCUUCAAGUGCCUCCUCUAGCUCUACAAUGCUGUCACAAGUUAAAUAUCAAAUCGAGAAGAGCUUAGACAGCGAGUAUGUAAAACGUUUGUUUUCACCUUCUAACAGCUUAGGGAGUUCUACAGUAAUGGAUCGUAGCUCAACAGAUGACAUGAAACAACAUAUAGAGAGAUUAAGGAGCAUCAUGUCAGCUGAAGCAUUUGGUGACUUUUCUUCUAUGUGUCUCAAGUGUCUGUCGGCAAUCAUUGAUACUCCUAAGGAAGCAAAGUACAGACGUAUACGAAUUGAUCAUCCUAGAUUUUAUGAGAGAAUAUGGCAACACGAGCAGUGCAGAAAUUUGUUGUUUUUGGCAAACUUCUCUGAGCAUGAUGGACUGUUGGUUCUUCCAAUGGAAAUGUCACUGGGUCAAGUUUAUCGUCUUUGGGAACUAUUGAGUGAAUGUAGAGAUGUGUUGAGUGGUGACAGAUAUACUGGUACACGAGUCGAAGUGCCAUUUGAUCGAUUGGGUACUGCAGUUGUUCUAGCUUCAUCUAUUGGCGUGGCUUUCAUCGACUUGGAUCGUAAUCAUGUUGCCUCUAAUGUUGCAAUUGUGCAGCUUGAGACUGCUUUGACUAAACAAUCACUGACUGGACGUAUUGUACAACUAAGCUCAACAUGGACUGACAUCAAAGCAGCAAUACGUGGUCGAUUGCGCGUAGAAAUGACACAAAGCGAAUAUGUAAGUAUUCGUUCUCAGAUUCUAUCUUUAAUUGAUAAAGUGCAACAAGCCAUGAGUGAGACCUUAGGAUCUGAUUCUGUUGAGUUGACUUGCUUUACGUAUUUGACAAGACUCUUGACAUAUGUGCCAGAAAUUAAUGCUGAUCUCACAGUACAUGCUACUACACAAUAUGCUACAAGCACUCUUCCAUCAUUGAACUACUUCACACCACAACAUCUACCAGUUGAUCGUCUGUCGAGUCAAUUUAUGGCACGUGCUGAAGUUAUUCAUGAGCUUUCUAACGGUUUAGCAGCUAAUGGUCCGGACCACGACAUGGCAUCCAUCAUGUUGAAGGAGAUGCUGUGGAUGUACGUGACAUCUCAUAAUGGAGUCAUCUCUCCACUUAACUCUGCUUUACGGGAUUCUGAUACAAUUGCCAAUGCAGGAGUGGCAAAGGCUGUUUGGCUUGCUGUUCGUCUUGCUGGAUUAGUUGUGGAUGCGUUUGUUGCUAUACGUUACAGUAGUGCCUUACCAGCAGACUUUACUACUAAAAUUAUGUACCACUUCAGGCAGCUAAGAGUUUGCCAACAUCAGUUGGUAAAAGAUCAAUGGCUACAACUCUGCCAACAGACUGCAGAUUGGUCACAGAUAACAAGAAGUGCAAAACUGAGUCAAGAUCUUUGGAGCUUUACUGAUGUUCUUCGAGGAGAAAUGUUGGCAAGUUCUGGGGACAUUGCUAGGCUAUUUGCUGUGACACGCUCCAUUGAGCUUAUGUGGAAGGCAACGAGUUUUGGCCAUCGAGAUACAGAAUGGUUGAAUGAAGUUGGUAAUGUACUGACAAGGGAUCAGUUUACACCUCAUCUUAUUGGACCAUUCUUUAUGGAACCAUUUAGAAAUAGACUGGAGAGUUUGUUUUAUGCAUUUGAGAGCACAGAAUUUAGUUUGGGUGUGGCAGCCAUGCAGGUUGAUCAAACUAUAUUAUGGAUUGGAGACAAAUUUGAGCAGUAUCUUAAACAUGCUAGUCAUCUUCCAGAUCAAGCUGCUGCAUACUGUAGUGAAGAACAUGAAACGUGUGAAUUCAAACGGUCGUGUUUAAUUGACAAUGACAUUAAAGGGACAAUAGAUGAAAGGGAGUCUCUGACUGGUUGCCAGACAAGCUUGGAAGAGUCUUUGCUGAAACAGUUGACGUUAUUGAAGAGUGUCAUAGAACCAGAUGUCAAUUUGGCUUUUCGUAUGAUUCGACGAUCAAUUUCCAAUAUUAUACAGAAUCCAAACAACUCUAAAUAUCGUCGCAUUAAAACAGCAUCGGGCUCCUUUCAACGUGUAGUAUGGCAUUAUGUUGAAGCACAACGUCUCUACACUUCACUUGGCUUUUGUGAAGAGUUUGAGAACGCCCGUCAGUCUGCAACAAUCUUUCUUCCUGAUGAUGCCAGUCUUGAUAAGCUAAUCUGUCUUGAACAUCUGCUUCAAAGAGAGCUGGAUAGUGACAGUUCUGAGAGACUAUAGACUUCUUCAAUAUCGGAAUGUGUAUGCCAAAUCCAAGUUUGUACUUACUGAAUACAAGUUAACGUUUAAUGCUGUACCGUCAUCAUGAAAUGUUAAUUAUAGUUGUGUUGGUUACUAAAUUGACUAGAGGACAGAAAGAGAGAACAGUUAUUAUAUAUGUAGUGAUGAUCUGGUGUAAAUAUGUCAUGGGAGUAGGAACAAAUUUUGUAUAUUUUAAUUGUGUAAUGUUGUUUAAACUGUGACAAAGAUUGUCGUUCACUGUUUUUAGCCAUAAUGGCAUAUGAAGUGUGCUAGAGAAGAAUGAAUGGUUUAGCUGAGUGAAGGUGUACACGGUGUCUCAGCUAAUUUUUGAUUAACUGAACAUUUUUAGACCAUCGACGUUGAAUAACCAUGACAUUGUAUUGUAUUGAAUAGUUUUUAACAACAACCUAGUAAAUUUAGUAUGUGAACUGACAUACCAAGCGUUUUGUAGGAUCUGUUCAUGGUUUGUAUGGCUACAGUACACAAACAUCUGCGGAAGUGACACAUCACAACUUUUAGUCUGAGGAAGGGUUUAUGUAGAAGAUGGGAAAGAGUGUUGCUGUUUUUAGGGUACUUUACAGUAGAAAGAUUUUUUCUUGUCUUAGCCUAGUAGGUAAAUUAAUCUUGGAUGG